AUGGGUUCUGAACAUGAGGUACCACCACAGCAGCAAUCAAUCAUUCAACCAUAUCAGAAUAUCCUGUACGGUAAGAAUCAACACAAAUGGUCUACAAAACCUCAAGACCCACGUACUCGCACGGCUGCUCGUAAUGUACUGCAUAUUGUACCUGGUCCUGCAGGUAUGGCUAAAGACCUCUCACAGCCAAAGGAUCUAUUUUAUCUCUUUGUAGAGGAAGAAAUGAUUGUCGUUAUUGUAAAAUAUAUGAACGCCGAGAUUGACAUAAAAAACAAUAAGUAUAAAACAUCUAAGUACACUACUACACAAACGUCGGCCAAUGAAAUGAAGGCAAUGCUGGGUCUGCUAAUUCAAUCUGCUGGUCUCAAUAGUAACCAUUUGCCAACGCGAACUUUGUUUGAUACCUUGAGAAGUGUAAAAACUUACAAAGCCUGCAUGAGCGCAGAAAGGUUCGACUUUUUACUGAGCUGUAUGAGAUUUGAUGACAGAAAUACUAGACAAGAGAGAUGGGUAUCUGAUAGACUGGCACCAAUUAGAUAUUUCUGGGAACAGUUUAUAGAUAACUGCAGGAAAUGGUAUAAGCCAAGUUCUUACAUAACCGUGGACGAACAACUGGUUGGAUUUAGAAGACGCUGUCCAUUUCGCAUGUACAUCACUAAUAAGCCCAACAAAUAUGGCUUGAAGCUUAUUAUGGUGGCUGAUUCUAGUACAAAUUACAUGUGCAAUGCUAUGCCUUAUAUGGGAAAAAACACAAACACAGGUAACGAGCCAUUAGCAAAUUAUUUUGUGAAGGAGCUGUCUAAACCGUACUAUGGGUUGAACCGGAAUAUAACCAUGGAUAAUUGGUUUACAUCGGUUCCUCUGGCCGCUGAACUGUUGAAACCACCAUAUAAGCUCACAGUGGUAGGUACAUUAUGA